ACAAAUGUAACCAAGACAAUUACAAAUAACAGCUGAUUUCUGCAAUAGGUAACUAUAUGAAUUCGUGAGUGGAUUCUUGUCAAUCCGUAAGAUUUUUUAAUGGAAGUUGUACCACGCUUUGAAUAUGAAGUCAUUAUUCCACCGGAAGGUGGUUUUGUUUCAUUUGAACCUAAUGCAUAUUCUCCGCGUAAUAACUGCUCACGAAUAAAUGACAAUCAUUUCAACAGACAUUUAGUUGAGAACAGUUCACUUCACGUCCAUGAUUUGAAACCGCCUGAAAAUGUUAACGAAAAUACAGAUCUUACAGUCUUAAAUGAGGAUGCUGUGUUUUCUCAGUUUUCUCCUGUUUACCGAGCUCAUUUACAAGGCUUCGAAGAAGUACAAAAAUGCAAUGCAAGCUUUCAUUAUCAUUGUCUUCCAAUACAACUGAAGUUUCUCCAUUCGCUACAGAAUUACACAAUAAUAAGACAAAUCGGUCUUGGGCAGUUUAGUAGUGUUUACCGAGCAGUGUGCAACCAACCCUAUGGUCUUAAUGUAGCUUUAAAAGUUAUAAAGAUAUUUGAAAUGGUUGAUGCUAAAGCACGUAAAGACUGCAUAAAAGAGAUAGAUUUAUUGAAAAAAUUAGAUCAUCCGAAUGUUAUACGUUAUCUGGCAUCAUUUGUCGAAAACAAUGAAUUAGUUAUCGUUUUAGAACUUGCAGAUGCGGGAGAUCUAUCAUAUAUGAUAAAGCAUUUUAGAAAGAAAAAGCGAUUAAUUCCUGAGAAAACUAUUUGGAAGUAUUUUGUUCAAAUCAGCAGUGGCUUGAAUCAUAUGCAUUCAAAACGUAUUAUGCAUAGAGAUAUAAAACCUGCUAAUGUGUUUAUCAAUGCUAAAGGUCAAGUGAAACUAGGAGAUCUUGGAUUGGGUCGAUAUUUCAGCCCAAAGACUAUAGCAGCUCAUUCUUUAGUCGGUACACCUUAUUACAUGUCACCAGAAAGAAUACGUGAACAAGGUUAUGAUUUUGCUUCCGAUAUCUGGUCACUUGGUUGCUUACUCUACGAAAUGGCAGCAUUACAAUCUCCUUUCUAUGGGGAAAAAAUGAAUUUAUUUCGUCUUUGCCAAAAAAUUGAACAUGGUGAUUAUGCACCAUUGCCAAAAGAAAUUUAUUCAGCUGAACUUCGUGAAUUAAUCGGUAUUUGUAUACAAAAAGAACCAUCGAAUAGACCCACUAUUAUACAUGUUUAUAAUAUAGCCAAGCAAAUGCAUGAACUUCUUAAUGGAAAGCUUUCAAACGCUUCUUCUUCUUCUUCUUCUUCUACCGCUAAACUUGAUUCCACACCAUCUUCUGCUAUUGUGACGUCUUUUUCAUCUUCAUGCUCAUCAACAUGUAGUAAAGAUAUUAAAGAAGAAAAUCAUAUCGGUAAUUUAAUAACUUACAAAUAAAUAGUUAGAUUUACAGUCAUUUGGAAAUUUAAUGACUUAAAAAUAUUCAUAAAGAAAGUUGUUAAAGCACCAUUUAAAGAUUAAAAGUUAGACGUAUUUGUUUAUUUGUAGUUCAAGGUUCAAUUAUAUUCUAUAGUUAUUUUUGAAUCAUAUAGUUAAUAUCAUUGAAUUAAGUUAUGUACUGAUUAGCUUAUUUAAGAUAUUCAUUAUAUCCUAUCAUUUGUUUGUAUAAUCUUAGAUUGAAAAUGUAUCAAUUUCUUCACAAUUCUAUUAUAUUCACUCAAUAAUCUAUACUAAAAUUAAACAUUAUAGACUGUUCACAUUGAUAUCAUGAAUCUCUACAUGAUGAAUUAUUUUCCUUCGGAUCAUAAUCAUAUCACAGAAAUUUAAAAGAAAAACACUUUCAAUGAAUAAAUCUUCAUUAUUUUUCAAUAUUUAACUGUAAAAUUGGUCAGAUUUGAUUAAUUGACUGCUGAUAACAAAUUCUGCUGAUACCAAAAACUAUUUUUACUUUCCUUUGUUUUGUUAAAACAC